AUGCGCAUGUUGGUGCGCGGACACACAGCGAAUAAGUAUUUGCGUAUACCCAGAAAAUUGCCGUGGUUUAUGCGGCAACUUGUGGAUGAGACUGUGAUUGCAAGCGUAGGAAAAAGAAGCGAAGUUGCAAAGAAAAAAAACACAGCCACUCAAACGACUCUGUUUUCUCAUCGCCUCCACGGCCGCCCUUCUUCAUAUUCGCCGAGGAGCAGAUGCGGGGUGAUGCCUAUCGUUGGCGGGAUCGACCUCAUAGCAGGAACGAUAGCCGCAUUCAGUGCAUUGUUGGUUUACGACGUUUUCUUCGUCACAUUCUAUAAAGAGGUUCUGCUUAUAUGGCCGUCACGGUGGAACUUCGUGAAAAUCCUAUUCUUCCUCAACCGAUAUUUACCUUUUGUGGAUACGUUUCUGUCCUUACAUCUGCUGACCGGAAAAUCCACCGAUCGUGGCUGUCUUCUCGGGUUUCAAACAGUCACUUGGCUGAUCGUCAUCGGUAUUAUCAUCUCUGAGAUGAUUCUGAUGGUACGAACGUAUGCGAUAUGGGGUCAGAACCGUAUCAUCCUCUACAUAUUGAUCUUCAUGAGCGCCGGCGUGUUCAUCCCUGGAAUCAUUGUAACCCAAUUUGAAGUGCAAUCUUUCGCAUAUGUAGCAAUGCCACGGGGCUGUUCUCAAUCGAAACCCGCGAGUUCUAUAAUUUUUGUUGCUUUUCUCUUACUCAUACUUUGCGAGACGACCAUAGUUGCCAUGACAUUGAUACGAGCGCGGCAACAUUAUAUUUCCCGAGAAAUUCGCUCACCUCUGAUCAAGCAACUGUACAAAGAUGGAUUAUUUUACUAUGUGUAUCUGCUCACUUUCUCAAUUGUCAAUGUCAUCACAGCUCUCGCUGCGCCACCUGCAUUCGCAAAUUGGUUGACGACUCCUCAACGUGUUGUGCACAGUCUUCUCUGCACGCGCGUCCUCUUACACAUCCGUUCACACAAUACAACACCCGAUACGGAGCUCAUGACAACGCAAGUGGACAUGUCAUUCGUCACGCCACUUGAAUACAAUACACAGCCUGAACCAUUGGGAUUGUCUUCAGGGACAGCUUCGGGAUCUGGUUAUGGCUCAAGCUCAGCUUCGGAUAGCUAUGACACGCGUGUCUUCUUGAGUUUUGCAAGCCAUACCGAUAGUACAAGUCCUAGUGAAGGCCGAAGUAGCGUCGUCCGAUACAAGAACCCAGAGAUCAUUCGAGAACGAGAUCAAGAUCGAGGCUACGAAGCGGAGGCGGAAGCCUACGAACUGCAACCCUUGUCACGUCGGUCACGAACUGCACGAACUCCAGCACAAGCACUGACACCUUCACCUACACAAACAAAAUUUGACAGCAGGACUGUUGAGUCACCCACUUCACCUUCGAGUACACACUCGGGACAUUUCUCGCCCUCGUCCUCGUCUCGGACCUCAUACAGAAAAGGAAAACAGCGGGAAACGGAAGGUGGAUUGGAGGAACGCUUGGAGGAGGUGGAAAACGAGAGGGACAGGUGACUUCUAAAUGACCUCUUGCUUUCUUUUCUUCCCUGUUACGUUGCUCUUAUUUGUUCCCUGCGCUUUUUUAUUCCUUAUUUUCUUGCUCGUUUUGCAUUCACUAAGAUCUAAUGACCUUUAUUCUAUUUUUAUUUCGC